AAGAUUAUUUGUGGUGGAUGACAAGCAGCUAAAGGAUGGUAAGUGCAGAAAUUUAUUAUAUUAAAGCAUCGAAAUUAAGUCUACCAUACUGAUUGAAUGUUUUUCUUGUAAAUAUUGUUAAUAUUUUUAAAUUUUUGGUUGCAUGACGGACGUUAUUAUUUCCUGUCCAACAUAAGUGAAUUUCCAAAGUAAAAGUUCGUCUCUAAUGCAUAAACUGUCGGUGAAACAGUAGCCAACUAGUUAAACAUUACAUUAAACAACAACGAUUUCAAUUGGAAAUAUAACAAUAUAUUCAUAAUAUUGUCUAAAUUUACGAACUUUCCAAACACUACCACGAAUUCCGUCCAACUUCUACGUCCGUAACACGAGUGUUAGAAAUCAACAUAUAUCGAGUGGUAUUCAUCAUUGUUAAUGCGCGGGAGUUUAAACAAUUCGCACGCGCAAAUAUGUAUGACGUCAUCGGUAUAAAAACAACAGAAAGAAACAAAGAUGGCGAGUACGCGGUCGCUUUCCUCGUCCGUCCCGCCCCCUGAAGAUGCUCAGGACCAGUUAAAGAAAAUGAAAGCCGCCGAACGGGCAAGGGCAUAUCGAGAGAGGAGAAGAAAUGAUACCCAGCACAAAGAGAAAGAGAGGCAGAGAAAAAAGGAAUACAGAGCGAGGAUGAAGGAAUCUAUCUCCAAUGACGAAAUUUUGAGACAGAGAGAAAUGAGUAGAAUCCGGCAGAAACGAUUCAAUGAGAAUAAAAAGCGAAAACUCGAGGGAGAAGGAGAAACAGAAGCUGUCAAACCAGCGAGGGCGAAGAAGGCCAUUACCAGAAGAGAAAGCCUGAAACAAAGAGAGUAUUGGAGGGCAAAGAAGCGGGAACAAAGAGCCAACAUGACCUCUCAAAAAAAGCGCAGAAUUCGAGAAAAGGAGCGUGCCCGCUAUGCAAAACGAAAACAGUCAUUAGCACCAUGUACGACGUUUGCUGAAACCACAACAACGUCUGAUUCAUAUACCGCCCCUACCGAAUCACCUUCACUUCUAUCAUCGGCGGCGACGAAGCAAAGGGCAUACCGGCUGAAAAAGAACAUUCCAAAAACACCAGAAAAGUUUGCCCAAGUUAUGGGACACAUUCUCUUAAAUUCUACCCCUCGUCAAAAGACGUGUUUAAGAAGGAUUGGCAUUUCAAGCAGUCCAAGAAAGGAGGAGGCCUACCGGUAUUCUAAGUCCAUAAUAGAAACGAUUCGAUCCAUCAAAGAAAAACGUCAACAGAAAUGGCUAGCUGUUAAGAGAUGCCUUAUUACCUCAAUAAAGAGCACAAGGAAGGCAAGAAACUACAAGAAAAUGUCAGAGGCGACAGGACUGAGCUACAGAGCGCUCAAGAAAUACACACACGAUGAUUUGAGUGAUCUGACAAGUUACCAACGUAAGAGAAGACAAGACUGUCUUACUGAAGAAACCAUUGAACAGGUAAAGAGCCAUUAUGAAGCUAGCGCGUCCUUUGUACCCGACAUCAAGGCGGUUAGCAAGAAAACCUUUAAAUCGCAAAAAGUGCUGGACAGACCAUUGGCAAGGAUAUACGAAAGUUUUAAGUCCAAGCAUCCUGACAUUGACAUAUCACAAUCUAAAUUUUCAACAUUACGUCCGGCUAAUGUGAAAACAAGCAAACACCAACGACUGUACCAAAGUAUGUGUGAAUAUUGCACUAAUUCAAAAUUAAAAAUGCAAGCAAUCAACACCGUGAGUGAAAGGCUUCAAAUUCAAGACUGCAAAUUAAGAGAAAUAGAUGACUUUGUUGACCUUACUACAUGCAAAAAAAUGGAGGGUUCCGAAUAUCAUGAGAAGAAAUGCCUGACUAGAGACUGUGAUGACUGUGGUGUCGACGGUCUAGACAAGUUUUACGGGGCGCUUAUUGCAGCUACUGAACGUGAGGAAGACAAAGUUUCAUGGAAGCAUUGGUCAAAUGUGCAGUACUGCCAACCAGGCAAAAGGCCGUCAACACGCAAGACUUUAUUGACCAAAAGUACGAACUUGGUUGAAUUAAAAGAUGCACUGAAAAAAGAUGUUGCCUCGCUAAGUGAACACUUGCUAAAUGCAUACUGGCAAAAGAACUGCUUCCAAACUCUAUCCAAGAGAGUGCCGAAAGACAGCAUAGUAGUCCAUAUGGACUUUUCAGAGAAUUACUCUACAUUUUAUCAGCAGGAGAUCAGCAGUGCCCAUUGGAUGAAGAAUCUCGUGACAGUACAUCCGUCAGUUGCAUUCUACACUUGUCCAGACUGCGGAGACACUGCAAAACCUGUCAUGGAUGUACUCGUAUUCUUGUCGGAUGAUACCAACCACGACCACCAUGCCGUCCAAACUUUUGUAGAAGAAACUGUCCGUUUUCUUAAAGAAGAUCGCCACCUUAACUUCAAGAACAUGUAUGAGUUCACAGACGGAUGCUCGUCCCAGUACAAGUCCCGUGGCCCCUUUGUCGAUAUAUCAUAUGGGAUGUCUGACUUUGAAAUUCAGCGAGAGCGAUUCUUCUUCGGGUCCUGUCACGGAAAAGGGCCAUGUGAUGGUGCCGGUGGUGUUGUAAAAACAGCGACAAGGAUGGCAGUGAUUCGGGGAGAGGCUGUUAUCACUGAUGCCACAACAAUGUAUAAUCAUCUGAAAAUGAAGUUGACCAGAAUUGCAAAGAUACAAAAUGUGUGUAACCACAGUAGGCGUGAAUUCUUCUUGGUAGAUAUCAAAAGGGACAGACCAGAUCGGACUGUAAAGGCCCCACUCAAAGGAACUAGGAAGGUGCAUUCCAUCCGGGGCAUUUCGCCUGGAGUGGUACACACACGGACCCUUGGGUGCGCUUGCUCAUACUGCAUUACUGGGGAGGGAGAUGUCUGCAAUAACAUGGAGUAUGUCGGUGAAUGGAGUGAAGAAACGCUCCGCAUACCAGGCCAGAGAGGGAGACCGGAAAGGAGAGGCACAGGCAGAGGUGUCAGGACCAGGGGUGGGAGGAAAGCUGCUCCUGCAGAGCCCAUGACAGACUCAGGGACACAGAGGGGGGCUAGGCGUGCAGCAAGAGGAAGUCGAGGUGGAAGAGGUGUAAGGACACGAGGCGGUGGAAGAGGUGUAAGGACACCAGGCGGCGGAAGAUGUGUAGCCAGACCAAACGUGUCGUUUUCUGAAGAUUCUGAUACUUCAAUCUCCGAAAAUUUGAUGGACAUGUCUGACUCCGACUCUAUGGAUCCCUCCCUUGAUAUUGCAUUCGAUGACCAGGAAGUGAACUCCCUCGAAGACUCAGAUGAUUCAAAUGUAGAGCCUGUCUCCGUGAUCUUGCAUGAUCCCAAUCCGUCCCUCGACCAGGAAGUGAACUCCCUUGAAGAUGAGUCAUACGUACACCCUGCCUCCAUGGUCUUACCUGAUCCAAAUCCGUCCCUUGACCAGGAAGUGAACUCCUUUGAUUCUGAAGAUACUGAUGAAUUACCACUCGGGGACUAUGUGUCUGAUUCUGAAAACAGUUUGAGUAGCAGUUUGUCAGCAUUAAUUGACUCUAUAAUACAGAAGCAAAGUUCUAGUUCCUGUGAUGAAGAUAUCAAAGAUGGAAGUUCUAGCUCCUGUGAUGAAGAUAUCAUAGAUGGAUUUGCAAUCGUUAGUUUCAAGACAGUCGAGGAUUUGGAGCAACAUGGAACUGAUUGUGACAGCUGCUUGACGACAACAAAUGUAGAGAUAGAUGAUGCAAGAUUAGAAGACCAGGAAACGAACGGUACAAGUAUACCAGGCAUAGGACAGCAACAGACUCUAAGCAUGAGUUAUCAAGAUGGAGCAUAUAUUAUUGUUCAACAUGGCACUGAAAAGUAUCCUGCAGUAGUUGAUGGAUGGCCAUGGGUCAGAUUUUUCAAGAGAAAGCGGGGUCAAACCAACCACUGGGAGAUGCAAGAGACCAGGCAUGUAGUAGUGCUACAAGACGUUGCCGGUCUAUUACAACCACCAGAGUUAGUCUGUUGUGGAUCCAGAUUCCUCUACGCGUUUGAAGACUUCUAAUGACAAGCGGGUGGAGAUGGCUAGCAAGAUGGCGUUAUCAUCAUCUGACAUUUUGAAUCUGAAAGCUUUGUUAAUAGUUUGAAUAAAUUUUACUUUGAAUUAAAAUGUGUACUUUUUUCUUUGUAAAGAUAUACAGUAGUUGGAAUCCCAAGGAUCCAUUGUGUUUAGGCUUGGCUUAUGGUUCUUGUGUAUAUGCAAAGCACCCUUUACCAUGCUAAUAUAUUUAAAACCUACUAGCACUAAGCAGUGGGUGACCGACACCAUUUAAAUGUCCAUCAAAGGUAUUUUCAGUCCAAAUGAUGUCCAUCACAGGUAGUUUUAGUCCAAAAUAACAUCCAUCACUUGAAGUUUCAGUCCAAAAUAACGUCCAUCACUUGAAGUUUCAGUCCAAAAUAACGUCCAUCACUUGUAAUUUCUGUCCAUAAUAACAUCCAUCACAUGUAAUUCCUGUCCAAUAUAACGUCCAUCACAGGCUAUAUUUGUCCAACAUAACGUCCAUCACACCAGUAUUAAUUUUAUAAUUUUUAAUUAUAGAAAAGAGAAGAAGGUAAUUAGUUUUUACAUUCAAUGAAAGGAACAUAUAUAUUUGUUUGUUUGAAAACACUUAAAUUACCAUUU